CUCCGCCCCCCACGUGUGGAGGGAUCCCUGCGGCGGCCGCUGCGGGUCACAGGGUCAAGAUGGAUAGCACAGAGGAACCUCAGAAAAAAGUCUUUAAAGCACGAAAAACAAUGAGAGUAAGUGAUCGACAACAACUGGAAGCUGUCUAUAAGGUUAAAGAAGAACUGUUGAAGACAACUGAAGUUAAACUGUUAAAUGGAAAGCAUGAGAAUGGAGAUUCUGAUUUAAAUUCCCCUUUAAGCAAUACAGACUGUAUGGAGGACAAGAGGGAAGUUAACGGCCUAGUGGACUUGCGUGUUAACUCUGAAGAAGGAAGAACAGCUUCUGAUGAAAUUAGUGAAGCCAAAAGCCCUGAAAGUAAGGCAGGGAACAUAGUCAAUGACGUAGAACCCAAACCUCUAACGCUGUCUCCAGAGAAUGUUACUCCUGAGCAAGAUAAAGAUACUGAUACUGCUUUAGCUUGUGAGUCUGAAAAUGGAGUGCUUGGUAGCAAUAAAGAUACCUUCCAUGAAGAAAAUAAUACAAAAGAUCAUUUGGACCAAAGAGAGAGUGACAUCCCAUCAGAAGGUGAAAGUAAAUCAAUCUGUGAUAUUAGUGACUCUUCUGAGGACAAGGGAGAAACAAAUGACUUAACUAUUAAUUCUGAUUCAUCUGGUGAGGAAAAGAGGACUGAAGAAGUAACUGUUGAAGAUGCUGUUGGAGAAGCAGCCAUCUCUAGUAGUAUGGAAGGUGACCAGGAAUCAAAGGACAAACGAGAAGGCACCACAGGUCUUUCAGAAACCAGAGUUCAGAAGACAAUGGAUGAGCCAAGUAUCUUGGACAACACUGACUCAAUGGAAACAGAUGAAAUUAUUCCCAUUUUGGAAAAACUAGCUCCUGCUGAAGAUGAACUGAGCUGUUUUUCUAAAAGUUCUCUGCUUCCAGUGGACGAUACAGUCCCAGAUUUAGAAGAGAAAAUAGACAACUGUUUGGGUUCACCAUCCAAGCAGGAAAGCAAUGAAAGUCUGCCAAAAGAGGCUUUCUUAGUGCUGUCUGAUGAAGAGGAUCCCUGUGAUGAGAAGGAGGAACGUGCUGAAGUGAUACUACCAAACAAGCCGAGUCUUCCAGAAGAGGUGGAGGAGGAGAGAAGAAAGGCAAGUGAGGAGGAUAAAGAAGAGGCCCACAAAGAAGGAGAGAAACACACGGAGAGAAGUGAAGUGUCAAGGAGAAAGCGUUCCAAAUCUGAGGACAUGGACAGUGUUCAUUCUAAACGUCGUCGGUGCAUGGGAGAAGAUUAUGAAGCAGAACUCCAAGUAAAAAUUACAGCCAGAAGGGAUGUUGACCAAAAAUUACAAAAGGUUAUCCAGAGACUGUUAGAAGAAAAACUUACUGCUUUACAGUGUGCUGUAUUUGACAAGACUCUGGCGGACUUGAAAACCCGAAUAGAGAAAGUAGAAUGCAACAAGAGACAUAAAACUGUGCUUACUGAACUACAGGCUAAAAUUGCUAGAUUGACAAAGCGGUUUGGAGCAGCCAGGGAGGACUUGAAGAAAAGACAGGAAAAUUCACCAAAUGCAAUUCUGUCUCCAGGGAAAGCAGCAAGUGACACUGUAAACACAAACAAUGCAACAUAUCGAAAUGCUGGCACAGUGAGGCAGAUGCUGGAGUCAAAGAGGAAUGUAGGAGAGAGCACACCAGCAACUUUUCAAGCCCCUGUGAAUGCAGUGCCAGCUUCCAGUCUCGCUGCUCCUCCAGCAGUUGUCAGUGGACAUCCUAAGCCUCAGACUCCAGUGACCUCCACCAGCUCUUUAACAACAACAGUUCUUCCCACAGCUAACACAGCUACGGUUGUAGGCACUAACCAAGUGCCCAGUGGCAGCACUCAGUCAGUGUCUGUGUCAUUGCAGUCUUUGCCCGUCAUCUUGCAUGUACCUGUUGCAGUGACAUCCCAGCCUCAGCUCCUGCAAGGCCACACAGGGACUUUGGUCACUAACCAGCAGUCAGGCAACGUUGAAUUUAUAUCCGUACAAAGCUCAUCUACAGUUGGUAGCCUUACCAAAACUACAGUGUCUUUGGCAUCAACUAACCCAACUAAACCAAAUAACAGCCCAUCUGUGCCCAGCCCUGGUAUUCAAAGGAACUCUCCAGCCAGUGCUGGGUCAAUAGGCACAACUUUGGCAGUACAGGCUGUUUCCACUGCACAUCCUGUUGCCCAGGCCACAAGGACUUCUUUGCCCACAGUGGGUUCUUCAGGACUUUAUAAUGCUACCAGCAGUCGAGCCCCCCUACAGAUGAAGAUUCCCCUCUCUGCAUUUAGUAGUACAGCUCCUAUUGAACCACCUGCUGUUACAGCGCCCAGAGUGGAAAACCAGGCAAGCAGGCCAUCAACAGAUACUUCGACAAACAAGCGAACUGCUGAGGGAGCAACACAGCUCUCAGAACAAAAAGUAGUUCACUGUAUGCCGUAUACCUGUGGCAUAUUUGAUGGUACAACUUUGAUCAAUUGUUUCGAAAAGCAGUUGAAACAGGAAGAGACUUCGUCAGAAAAUAAAGAAGCGGUAGAAGCAGCACAGACGAAUUUUAACUUCCCCGAGGAUGUCCUCUUUGGCUUGGAGGAAGAGGAAGAGGAUGCUAAGAGUAUCAAAAACACCCACAAGCAGACUGGCUGGGCAGCUAACCUAUUAAAACAAUGGCUGGCCAAAAAUGGCAAGGAUCCUAGCUUUGAAUUGGUCCCAAGCGGGAAGGUCACAGGAAGCGAUUCAGGAGGUGUCAUUGAUCUUACGCUGGAUGAAGAGGAUGAUGGCUCUUCUCAAGCAGAUGGCAAGAAGCAGAACCAGACACCUGUUACAGGAUUGAGCGUAUCCACCCAGCCCUUGGCUCGACCCUUGCAGUCUUUGCAGCCUUUGCAGCCAAACCCGGUGCAGCAGACAGGUGUGCCAACAAGUGGACCUUCCCAGACCACUAUACAUGUAUUACCUACAGCUCCGACAACAGUGAAUGUAACUCAUCGGACGGUGACUCAAACUGCUGCAAAACUUCCUAUACCAAGAGCGCCUGCUAACCAUCAGGUGGUCUAUACCACUCUUCCUGCACCACCAGCUCAGAAUCCUGUAAGAGGAGCUGUCUUGCCAAGCCCAGGUUUAAGGCCAGUCAACCCGCAGGCUGGAGGUAUGACAGUACGAAUGCCUCAAACAACUGCAUAUGUUGUAAACAAUGGACUAACUCUUGGAUCUGGAGCACCUCAGCUUACAGUGCAUCAUCGACCACCACAAGUGCAUGCUGAGCCACCACGCCCUGUACAUCCUGCCCCACUCCCGGAGGCACCACAGCCACCGCGUCUGCCCCCUGAAGCUGCCAACACUUCUCUGCCUCAGAAGCCACAGCUGAAGCUGGCACGGGUACAGAGCCAGAAUGGUAUUGUGCUGUCAUGGAGUGUCAUGGAGGUGGACCGGAGCUGUGCCACUGUGGACAGUUACCAUCUCUACGCCUAUCACGAGGACCCGAGUGCUACUAUGCCCUCCCAGUGGAAGAAGAUCGGGGAAGUGAAGGCCCUCCCGCUACCUAUGGCAUGCACUCUUACGCAGUUUGUGUCUGGCAGCAAAUACUACUUUGCAGUCCGGGCUAAGGACAUCUAUGGACGUUUUGGACCCUUCUGUGACCCCCAGUCCACAGAUGUGAUCUCUUCCCAGAGCAGUUAAACUAGAGAUCUUUGGAGCCUUUAAACCUGUCCUACUACCAAGAAUUACCCCAGUUUUGGGGGAUUGAUCCCAUGCAUGAAAUUCACUUUUAAAUCCACUCUCUGCAGGAUUAUUUUAGACAGUUGUGUGAUACACUACAUGCAUUCAGAACCAAAAGAAAAAUAAAGUCUCACCUGCAGCAAGAGAGCCUGUUUGUUCUGGAUAGCUCAAGUCAUGGGCUGUUUGAAAAUUUCAUUUUCCCUUCCAUGACAGCUGUUCUUCCUAGAUACCUACCUACCUUUUAUCGAAGGGUACCCUGGAUGCCUGGGAUUCUGCUUCAGAGUGGGAACAAAAUAAUAAAUUAUAGUUUGUCUGAAGCAAAACAUACACAUCUGUAACAGGCACCAACAUGAGGGCAAGAACAGAUUUGCGUCUUGCCCCCCACCGCUCUGUGAGCAGGCUGUGAUAUGAAAGGUAUUUCAAGGUUUCACUUUUGUACUGGAAGAUUGAGUGGUCUGGUCUUAUUUUACAAACUGUAAUGAGCUCUCUGAGGGGAGGGAAGGGAACUUGAGUCGACCAGGGAACCAAUAUGUGUGUAAAUUUGGAGGUGGUGUGGAAAAAAAAUAAAUCACCCCACCACCUCCUACCUCUCCUAAAUAAGAACGCUCCUCUACUUUCACGAUCCUCCCCCACUCUCACUGGGAGCGUUCCCAGGUCAGAUCUGAAACUGGAUUGUAGAGACUGCAUUCACACCUCUCUAGCUCAGAUAAUUUCUCUGCCCCUCCCCUCAUACAUCCAGCCCUAUUUUUUAGAUUUGUUUUGUGCCUUAAAGAAUAAUUUCAGAAAUAAA